AUUCCCCAUUAGCUGUGUACAUUGACUGAUGCCAGGAGCUGCCCAGACCCGCCCCAUCAGCCUGCAGUCCCAGCGCUGAGUUACAGAGAGCAGCCCAGCCAUCAGGAAGCUCUUCCAACACUGCAGGCAUGGGGGCAUUGCUCAAAUUAACUUUAAUCGGGAUCAGCCUGGCCUUCAUAGCUGAGAGGAUAGUACAAUUAAGCCAUCGGUUGAAUUUUUCUCGAGAGGUGGAACCCAUAGACCUUCCCAACUGUCGAUUAUUGAAAGGGAUUGAGUAUGGGUCAGAAGAUAUUGACAUCCUUCCCAAUGGAUUGGCAUUUAUUAGUUCUGGCCUAAAAUAUCCUGGUAUAAAAAGCUUGGCACCUGAAAAACCUGGAGAAAUAUUUCUGUGGGACCUUAAUGAAGAAAAUCUGCGUCCAAGCUCAUUGCGUUUCAGCAGUGGGUUUGAUAUCUCCACAUUUAGUCCCCAUGGUAUCAGUACUUACAUUGAUGAAAAAGAUGACACGGUAUACCUGUUUGUGGUUAAUCACCCACAUUAUAAAACUACCAUUGAAAUAUUUAAGUUUGAAGAAGAGGAAAAUGUACUUAAGCACCUGAAAACGAUUAAGCAUGGCCUGCUACCGAAUGUUAACAAUAUUGUGCCUCUGGGACCUGAGAGCUUUUAUGCCACCAACGAUUAUUAUUUCUCAGAUUUUACCAUGAGACACCUGGAAUUGUUCUUCGGGUUAGGAUGGUCAGACGUGGUUUACUACAGCCCCAGUGAAGUGAGACAAGUGGCCUCUGGAUUCUAUAGUGCGAAUGGAAUCGCCAUGUCAACUGAUAAAAAGUUCAUUUAUGUUGCUGAUAUCUUUGGUCAUACAAUUACUGUUUUGGAAAAACAAGCAGACUGGUCCCUGUCUCCAGUGAAGGUUCUGCAAUUAGAUACACUUUUGGACAACUUAGUUGUAGACCCACAUACAGGGGAUAUUUGGACAGCUGGACACCCAGAUGGCAAAAAAUUAAUAUUUUACAAUCCUGAUGAUCUACCUGGAUCUGAGGUUGUCCGUGUGCAGAACAUUCAUUCUGACAAUCCUAUAGUGACCCAAGUGUAUGUGAACAACGGCUCAGUGAUCCAGGCGUCUUCUGUGGCUGCCGUCUACGAGGGGAAACUUUUUAUAGGAACUGUAUUUCAUAAAGCUCUGUACUGUGAUCUCGAGUAACCACACGCACUCUGUAUGACAUCUUUCUCCAGAUCAGUUAAACUACAACCACUGUUUUAAAUACUGUUGUAUAAAAUGAUUAACUGCAGGAAAAAAGUACCAGUGUAUCAGGUGUGCCAAAUAUAAAAGUGAAAUAAUAUGUUGGUGAGACAGUUUCUUUAAACAAUUCAGUGUGGGCAAUGUACUUCAUCAAAAACCUUUGACUUUUAUUAAAAAAAAAAAAAAAGUUUACCAAUAAUGGUAUUAAUUAUUGGUGUACACCA